ACCAGCUUCAUGUAGGUUUAUUUCGGCGUAAGGAGUUUAGUGUUAGCGAUGUUAGGGUGUUUAUUUGUGAAACGUUGACUAAUGAGUUCUUAUCGUAUCGUUUGUGAUUUAAUUGACAUUUUGGAUGUAUCAUGGAAGAAAUUAAACAAGAAGAUAUUCACGACCUUUUGGAACAUUUCUGUAGAUGUUUAUAUAAAGCUGCGGAGGCGGAUUCGAAGAGUCGAGAUGUGAUGCAGCGGUGCCUGAAACUAGUCACAUUGGAUUAUAGUCAUGUUGUUAUAAGCAAUAGUGAAGGGGAACUGAGUGCAAAUUAUCCAAGCCACUUAAUAAUCUUGGAGUAUGAGCAUCCCUCUACUAAUGUAAGUGGAGCUCUACGGCCCAUGGAGCCACCUCGCACAACUGGAACAAUCUAUGAGAACAUGCAUGAUCCAACUAGACUACGUGACCUUUUUUUGAAGUCUCGAUUUGCACGUUGUCGGGCAAGAUUCCCACUUCCAGUAAUCCUCUAUCGUGGUAAACACAUAUGCAGAUCAUCUACAUUAUCUGGAGGCCCAGAAAUUUACGGCCGUUCUGGUUUAGACUACCUCUUCUCCGUCACGGAGGCAAAUGCCGAAGAUGGGGAUGAAGAAUUAAUGGGUGCAGUACAAACACAAAGGGACUGGCAGUUGUUUGACAAGGUGCGAAGCCAGGACAUUCGUCUCCUAAAAACGCUUAAUGUUGGGACUAUUAUUGAUUUCAUGGUUGAGAAGAAAAAAGUUAAAUUUGGAAUGAAUGUGACUUCAUCAGAGAAGGUAGACAAGGAGAAUCGUUACUCUGACUUCACGAUUGUCUCUCUGCCAUAUCCAGGGUGUGAGUUUUUUAAAGAAUAUCGUGAUAAUGAUUAUGUUGCUGAGGAUUUGGUUUUUGAUUGGACACAGUCUCAUGUAGAUGCUGUAAUUGGAGUACCAGAUGAUGCAGUGUCUUCUCAGCUUAAGAUUGACUGGGAGAAGUACAAGGUGUGGGACUUGGUGAAAUUGACCCAAAAUUACAUGAAAUUAAUGUUACGAUAUUUACAAGAAAAUAGUACUGGCCUUCUUGUUCAUUGCAUCAGUGGUUGGGAUCGCACGCCUUUGUUCAUUUCACUGUUGCGCCUGUCACUUUGGGCAGAUGGUGCUGUUCAUCAGUCUCUCAAUGCCACCCAGAUUCUGUACUUCACCAUUGCAUAUGACUGGAUGCUCUUUGGACACAAUCUUAUGGAUCGAUUAACUAAGGGUGAAGAAAUAUUUUUCUUCUGUUUCUACUUUCUGAAGCAUCUGGUAGGGGAUGAAUAUAGUGUGGCUCCACGGUCAAAGUCGAAACAGAACACCGGUGGCAGUAGUGGUAGUGGCGGAAGCAUUGCUGCAACAGUGCUGCGAAAUGACUCUGACCUGCAUCUGGAUGGUAUGCUGUUUGAUGCAGAUUGUGCGGUUAGUUCGCGGGGCUCCAACAUCAGUCUUAACAGUUCGUGUAGCUCAGUUAGUAGCAAAAGUCAAGACAAUCCACCUGUGCUCUUCCACAAUGUGCCCGACUUAUCUGAUGAACAUACUAAUGGCAAUCUUCCAAUUUAUAAUGCUCAGACUACGUGUCCACCUCACUUGCAGUCAUCAGGAUGUGAGUCUAGUCCUUCUGCCUUACCUGGACUUGGAAGUCUGUGUAGCCAGAGUGGGCCUGGUCCAGGGCCACGUUCCCCGCAUCCCAACAGAACAAGUCCUGUAGCAGUCCCAGUAUCUAGUCGCCUCCGACAGCGAAAUGAUUCCAACAGUUCACUAAGUGCUGGAAGCUGGCAGCUGAUCUCAGGGACUGGUAGUUUACGGGGAUCUGCCUCCACUUCAACGGGAGAUUCAGCCACUCCAAACUCAGUGUUGUCACAGAAUGGCAGUAAUACCUCUUUAUGUGAAGGACAGGUUUCAGCUGAAUCAAGUACAACAGUCAUAGAAGAUGAAUGUUUUAUAUAUAAUUCAGGACCUUCGGACAAUAUUACUUUACGACGGGAGAGACUCCAGACCGUCCGGACACUCUUCUAUAAUGCAUAUUGCUCAACAAUUGGAUUCAGGUUUAAGAAUGGACAAGAUUCAGGGCUUGGAAGCUUACUGGGUAACAUUGCUGAGAAAGUUGGCAUCAUUUCAACUCAAAGGACUUCAGUUUGAGAACUUUCCCCUUUUAUAAGUCUGACAAGUGUAAUGUUAAAUGAGACUGUUGGUAAAUAUAGAAAAGAUAUAUAUUUUUGUAAUCUAAGACUUGUUUUGUAAAUAAGCAUUGCAUCUUAUGUGGUGAAAAUGUACCUUGGUGCUUGUCUCAUACUGCCUAAGUAAUACUGACAAAGGAAAUAUCUCUGCAACAUUAUAUAUGAAUUAAGAAUUUAAAAAGUUAUCUAUCAAAACAAAACUGCCACAUUGUAAAAUGAUGUAUGUAUGUAUGUAUGUAUAUUGAUUGUAGUCCGAAAUUCGUACUCCAGUUUAGAAACCAAUAUGUACCAUAAGAAGUUAUUUAAGCGUAAAGAAGGAUUAUGUAUCUCUUCAUGUGUGUGCGCGCGUCUGUGUGUGUGUGGGGAGGAGAGCUGUCCUAUCUGAUAUAAACCGGGAAGCACAGUUUCUUAAUGUCAUUCCCAAAUAUCAUCUUAAUGCACACCUUAUUGUAUUCCCUUUGUUUAUGAGAUAUCCACAAAUCAUGCCUCUAAAAUGUUGUUCUUUCUGAUUAUUUGAACAAAUACUUCCCUCCAACAGGAAAUCAUUCCAGUUGCUACCUGAAGAAGAUAAUGUUACUGUGCCCAUAUAUACUAACAGUGGACUGUUAGCCAUGGAAACAGUGAAGUCUGUUUAGGUCAGGUCAGUCCAUUCGGACCAAAGUCUUAAAUGAAGAAUAAUACGGUACAUUUAACUUGUAGCUUUUCAUCGUUCACAAAGUGUGUGUACAUCUCUGCCCAGUGCUUUGGCAACUUGAUAUUGCUGUGGCUUCUGCAAUCCCCCUCGCUUCCUCAAGCUUCUGCUAUAUAAACACAAGCUUUCUAUCUGUGGUUGGUUCGUAUUUACCCAUAAUCAGGUAUAUCUUCCUGUAUUCUUGCCUGCUACUAGGUUAGAUCUUAAAACCAUUACAAGAAUGAAACAGUUCUUGAGUAAAAGGUGAUCUUGUAUUCUUAUCUACACAUGACCUUCAAUAUGAUAUAAAUCAUGUGCAGGUAUCCCCAAUUUACGUAGGUAAUUCAUUCAUGCCAUGAAAACUAUUUGUGAAUAAAAAAUUAUUCUCCCAUUACUUCAAAUGUAAAAGUCACUGACUCCUUCAUGGGUCCCAGAAAAAUCCCCCAUUAUUUGUUAACAUUUUAAUAGUAAGCAUUAAAAUAAUAACAGUAUUACUUGUUUAUGAUAUUUAUUGUUGCAAAUAAAACUGUAAUAUUUUCUUACCAUAUAUUUUGUCAAAUAUGAUGCAAUGCUGUGAUAAAACUUGUAGCCAGACUUAUUGCUUUCCUUUCUUUGGCUUAUCAACACCUACUGCAGCCACAUUCACUUGUCACAGAGCCACAGUGGCCACAAAUAACAUAUUUGCACAUAAAAUGUAAGCAUCAAAAGCAGAACUGAUUCUAUAUGGUCAUGAGUUGCAUAGACUGACUGGGAAGGUGGGAGAUGCAUCUGGGUAAGGAUGUUUGCAAAUGUUAGUUGUUGUAGCAAAAAUGAAAUUCAUUAAGUGAGAAGUACGAGUAGGUACUAAUCAACACGUUCCAAUAUAGCGAAAAUUUAUAAAUUAAGUAUUCGUAACAGAGGGAUACCUGUAUAUCAAUUUUAUCUACUUAGCAAGGCUUAUUUAGAUGCAGAUAAUUGCAGUAUGAAGAUAAAACAGAUUCUUAGUCCCACUGGCAAAUAAUUUUCAGCCAAAUAAAAGUACACUGCUUUUUGUGGCAUCUUGUUAUACAACAGUAGCUUGACACAUCCCCUUCUGCCAUCAUGGCAGACCAUAUACUCAUACCUUCAUUCCUCUUCAAGUAGAGUAGUUGAAUACUAAUUAAAUCUUCCAAGCGUUCUGUAUUCUGAGAUACAAUACAAUGUAGUCCAUUGAAAGUCGACUGGUGUUUUGGAGUAACAUGUCACCUCAUUCUUUGCGGUCGAAGAAUCAGCCAAACGGAUCAUCAGAGCUUGCCACCUGCUUUCAUGCUGUUUUCUUGCUUUGCUUAUUCUUUGAACCAGAAGAUGGAGGUGACAUGUUCC